AGGUUGAGACUUUGAUGGAAAAAUAAAUGAGUGUGAUGAAACUCGUAAUUCGCACACGUUAUGCGUGCACCGCUAACAAAACAUAAACCUUUGCUGAGAAAGUUUAUUCCUUUUCUCCUCUGUCUGAAUGUGAAGACUUAGCACAGUGAUGAAGUGAGUGCUGCAUCAAAAUUUACCGUCAGUGCAUUUUCUUGGAUUCCUAAUGAUUGCAUCUCCUUAGGGUGUUUAUUGGAAUGCUGAAGCUGAAAACUUUUGUUUAGGGGGAUUUUGUUGUUGCUAGUUUUGGUUGGGCUCAUCAAAGGUAGGAUUUCACUGGCAUUUUUGGUUGAUGGAUUGUACUGUGUCGCAUCAGUGUGUUCUGUAAGAAGUGGAGGGUUUGACAUUGCUUUGUAUGUGCAAGUCAUUGCAUGUGAGGAGAACUGUUGGAGAUCUUCUUCAACGCUGCAGAAGGUUGAGAAGCCAUUAGUGGGUGGGUAUGGUCAUUUAUGCUUGAGGGAUUUGAGCUUUGGAUUCUGAUUGAGUAGGGCUUCUUGCUAAAACCAUAACCCCCAUCAAGGUUUUUGCUCUGUGUGUUUGGAAAUAGCUUACCCUUUGAGCUGCUCAGUCUUUUUUUCCUGUAUUCGCUGCAAGGUUGCUUGAUUGGACCUUGUUUGAUCCUCAACAAUGUCAGAGAAGAUCAUGUUUCACUCAAGAUUUAUAUUUUACGUGAUGAUCAUUUCUAUGUUCCUUUUGGUCCUGUCAUCUCUUUUCCUACUCCAGUUUAGCAGUCAUUCUUUGAUACCUAGAUCAGUGUUAGAGCUUAUUCUUGUCAAUAAUGCGUCACUUUACUUCAUGCCUAAAUUGAAGAGAGACCAGAACGUACUCCCUCCUUACGUUUCUGGGGAUUUAAAUUUUCAAUCACAAAAGUCCAGAGAAUCCGACUGUCAAGCUUCUGAUUCAAGCAAGAAAACAAGUUCUGCAGGACAGAAGAUGAAUGUGGCAUCUCACCCAGUUCGGCCUUUAUUGAGAGUAUUCAUGUAUGACUUACCCCCAGAAUUUCACUUUGGGUUAUUGGGUUGGAAGGGAAGUUUGAAUCAAACAUGGCCUGAGGUGGAUAACCCUGAAGGUAUCCCACGCUAUCCAGGUGGUCUGAACUUGCAGCACAGCAUGGAGUACUGGCUCACCCUUGAUCUUCUGUCAUCAAACACAGCUAGAGUUGGUCAUUCUUGCUCUGCAAUCAGAGUGCAGGAUUCAAGUCAAGCAGAUGUAAUUUUUGUGCCAUUUUUCUCAUCUCUAAGUUACAACAGGCAUUCCAAGCUUCAUGGAGAGGAAAAAGUUAGUGUUAACAAAAUGUUGCAACACAAAUUGGUGCAGUUCUUGAUGGACCAGAAAGAAUGGAAACGUUCAGGAGGGAAGGAUCAUCUGAUUAUAGCCCACCAUCCUAACAGCUUGUUGGAUGCAAGAAGAAAAUUGGGUUCUGCUAUGCUUGUGCUUGCAGAUUUCGGAAGGUAUCCUCCUCAAUUAGCAAAUAUCAAGAAAGAUGUAAUAGCCCCCUACAGGCACCUAGUAGGCACCAUACCAAGAGCUAAAUCAGCUUCAUAUGAAGAACGUACCACACUGGUGUAUUUCCAGGGAGCAAUAUACAGGAAAGACGGAGGAGCCAUUCGCCAGGAACUGUACUACCUCCUGAAAGAAGAGAAAGAUGUGCAUUUCAGUUUUGGGAGCAUAGGAGGAAAUGGGAUCAAUCAGGCAAGCCAGGGCAUGGCCUUAUCAAAAUUCUGCCUCAACAUUGCUGGUGAUACCCCAUCCUCGAAUAGACUCUUUGACGCAAUAGUAAGCCAUUGUGUGCCUGUGAUCAUCAGUGAUGAAAUUGAACUACCCUUUGAAGAUGUUUUGGACUACUCAGAUUUUUCUGUAUUUGUGCGUGCCUCUGAUGCUGUGAAGAAAGGCUACCUGCUGAAUCUCCUUCGUUCUAUCAAACGGGAAGAAUGGAACAAGAUGUGGGAAAGAUUGAAGGAAAUUACACCCCACUUUGAGUAUCAGUAUCCAUCACAACCUGGGGAUGCAGUGAAUAUGAUUUGGCAGCAAAUUGCAACAAAGAUAUCUUCAAUAAGAUUCAAUUUGCACAGAAAGAACAGAUACCAGAGAUCUCAGCUUCGUGUUAAGACAAACUGAAAUUCCCAGAUUCUGUGUCGUUAGAAUCUGCUGACCUUGGUCUCAUACAAGUUCAACAUGCCAGUGGAAGAGACAAGCUCUCAUUCUCCUCAUUGGUUUCUUUUUCACUAUUUUUCUUUCUUUUUGCUGAAUUACUCAUCUUGUUGAAGGAAAAAAACGAUUUUUUAUUUUUAUUUUUAUUUUAAUGUCCAAGCAUACUUCAUUAUUUGUCAUCUUGGCAUAUGAAUAUUAGAAAGAGUACUUAAAAUGAAUUUAAUUGGAAUAUAAAAGUAUGUGUAUCUUAUCUUAUCAUCUAAU